AGCGAUGGUUUCAUUUCUUAUCUCGGUAUUCCAUAUGGUUCGCUUAGUGGAGUUAACGGCAGAUUUAAGCGUGCCGGCCUAGCACCUAUAUGGACAGACAUCAGGGAAGCGAGCGAGCCCCAUUGUUACACGAGUUCACCAGUCGAGGAAUGUUUAAAAUUAGACGUCCAUGUUCCGCAUGGAUCGGGACUGCCGGUCCUGGCCUGGGUCACUGGAGGUAGUGGUCGGUACAACCCAACGAUGCUGGUGAAACAAGGCAUUAUCGUAGUGAUUAUUAGGCAUAGGUUGGGUCCAGUAGGUUUUCUAUGUUUAAGCGAAGAUAAAAUUCCAGGCAAUGCAGGUUUAAAGGACGUGGUACUAGCCUUACGAUGGGUUAGAGACAACAUUAACGCUUUUCGUGGAAACCCAAAUAAAGUAAUAGUCGCUGGACAAAGUUUUGGAGCUGCGUUAGUAGAAUCUUUGAUGCUGACACCCAUGGCUAAGGGUUUGUUCCAUGGGGUUAUACUGCAAAGUGGAACAGUAUUGGCCCCUUGGGCUUUUAACUACGACGCUGAAAAUCGAGCAAAAUUUUUAAAAAUGCAAUUUAACGGAAGCAGAGAUUCAUUGCUAAGCAGAGUUGAGAUUGCAGAUCUAGCAGGUAGAUCUGAAGAUCUUGAGCUGCCCUACUUGCCUUUUGGUAUCUGCGUCGAAAAACCCCUAAAGAAUGAAGAAAGAUUAUUAUCUCAGUCGCCUUUUGACAUUAUUUCAAGUGGAAAUAUGGCAAAGGUUCCGAUGAUAAUAGGAUACACUAAUAAUGAGGCUUACGUGUUUGCUUCAAUGCUGAAAAGCGCAAAAGCUUUAAGGAAAAUGUCUAAAGGAAUGGAUUUUUUGCUUCCGAGUGAGUUACAAACGAACAAAAGAGAUAUACCGCAGCUAGUGAACAAAGUUAAUGAUAUGUACUUCGACGGGAAUAUGACAAUGGCUUCGCUGCUAGCUUACCACAGAGAUGCCUACUUCUUGGGUCAUAUUCAUAGAAGCGUACGCCUUCAUGCUUCUUUUAGCGAUUCAGUUUAUUAUUAUCAAUUCUCCUAUUCGGGAAAUGUGGGCGUGGAAGGGGAACCGGGAAUGAUCAAGACAGGCGCAGCACACUCGGAUGAGUUGGCAUAUUUGUUCCCAGCGAGGGGUCAGAGACUAGACGAUGACGAUGGAAUAGUUCAAGAAAAUAUCGUACGACUUUGGACAAAUUUCGUCAAGCAUUUGAAUCCAACACCAGAAAAUGAACAUUUCCUGUGGGAGCCAGUAAAUACUCAUGACGCUCGGCUCUUGGAUAUUAACGUGGAUUUAAGGAUGAUAGAAUUUCCUUAUAAAAGGGAAACGCAGAUGUGGAAAGAUAUUUAUGAGAAAUAUUACUAUGAAAAUAGGCGGUACAUCGAUUUAAUUGAUGAAAGUGUAGGAGUGGCUAAGGAUGUUUCGAAUGUCACUAGUGUCGCUGAGCUGGAGAAUGUUAAUCCUAUGCGAGCUGAAAGGAUUGAGGAAAUCACUGAAAUUCUCGUCGAAACUGAAAACGGGGCGGUGCGCGGAUAUAAAGAUAACAAUGAAAUCAUAGGAUUUUUCGACAUACCAUACGGGACUUUUAGUGAAGAAAAACCAUUCGAGGAACCGUCUACGCCUAAUAACUGGAAUACUGUUCUUGAAAACACUGAACAUAAGUCCAAAUGUCCUCAAAUUGAUUCGGAAAACAAAUAUAUCGGAAGUAGCACUUGUCUCACGUUAAGCAUAUUUCUACAAAGAAACACUGAAAACGCCGAUGUCCUUUUCCACAUUCAUGAUAGUUCACUAAAUAAGGGUAGUGGAAAUCCUUCAGAAUAUGUUCCAAAGCAUGUAGUUUCUAAGGGAAUAAUUCUAGUUCUGCCCAACUACAGAAUCGGUCCAUUAGGGUUUUUGUGUUUGCAAAACGAAACUGCACCUGGUAACGCUGGCCUAAAAGAUUUGAAUCUAGCUUUACAAUGGACAAAGACAAAUAUUAAGGCUUUUGGUGGCAAUGCUUCCAACAUUGCAAUAAGCGGAUCUGGUGGUGCAGGAGCGCUUCUCGAGUAUUUAAUUUUAUCAAAUCAAUCAAGGGCUUUAAUUUCAAAAGCAAUAACGGAAAGUGGGUUUGCUUUAUCUCCAUGGGCCUUAGACAGGUAUCCAUUAGAAACAGCAAAAAGUUUAAUGAAGAAGAUAGCAGAAAAUGAAAAUAAUGUUGAAUUAGAAACCGGUUACAGUAUUUUUGAUACGGCAAAUUUAGAAACAUUAGUGAGGGCGGGUCAGGGACUACUAUUUAAGCCGUGUAUUGAAAAUAAUACAGGUUUUCUUACUAAAUCACCGUGGUAUGUACUAAAUAAUGAAAUAAUAAGGAUAUCUAUAAUGAUGGGAUCAGCAAAUCAAGCAGCUAUGGAAAUGGCUUUAGCCCACACCGAACAAAGUUUGUCUCAAUUAAAUCAAGAUUAUUCCAAGUUACUACCAAACGAUCUUAAAUUUGAUAACAGCGAAGAAAGAAUCAGAAUCGGGAGACAAGUGAGAACGGAAUAUUUCGGUGAGAAUAAUAUAACAAUCAAUGAUAUGGAAAAGCUUUCACAGUGUUUUACUGAUAGUCAGUACUUGUAUCCUGGUAUAAGAGGUGCGAGGUUGUUAGCUAAAGGAGGAGCUCAAGUUUACUUUUAUGAGUUUGCUUAUGGAACUCACAAUGACGUUAAGGGAGCUGCAAGAGGCGAUUCUCUAAAUUAUGUAUUUAGCAAAGAUGAAGAAGAAAAUACAUUACAAAAAGUAAUGUUAGAUCUAUGGGCCAGUUUUAUCAAAUCUGGGAGACCGACAACAGAAAAAAUUGAUUGGAAUAAUUUGGAGGCAGUCGAACAAACUGAAGAAACAUGGCUGUCAAUUGCCGAUACAGUGGUCGUCGAGAAAGGUUAUCAUUAUACACGAUUAAAACAAUGGGAUGAGAUAUACAAGAAGUACUUCGUUGAGCGCAAUUUUGCAUUAAAAUUAAAUUCUUCAAUUUACAUAACAGUUCUUGGUUCUAUACUUUUGACGGAUAUAAGUAAUUAUUUAAAAUUUUAAAACUUAUUUAACGGCUAGUUACUAAAA